UUACUUGUUAAUCUCCCAAACACCCAUACAUUUUUCAUUCAUUCGUAUCCCCCUCCUCCUCACCCUUUGAGUGGAAUUCUCACAUAUCUUAUAUUAUUUCUCUCACCCACCGCCCCAAACGAAACAAAACCCAAGCCACCACCAUCAUCUAUGCCUUCUGAUUAAUAGCCUUCAUCGGAACUUUUGCCGAUCAGCUUAGAGUUUUGGUGGUUAUUCCAUUUUGUUGGAAUAUUGGGGAGUUUUGGGGAGCUAUAUUUAAGUUGUCCGCAAUGCGACGUCAAAGAAAUAUCUUUGAUACCUUUUCUGAAUCCGUUGAUCUUAACCAGGGACCUAGUUUCAAUGGUUUUGAUAUGGGUGAGGCUGAUGAAUGCAACAAUAGAUUGUCUCCUAGUGAAAGACGUAUGUUAAAUAAUGAUCUUUCUGGUGAUAAUCAUAAAUCUCCGAGUUUUAGUAGCUGGGAUGUAGGGGAAUCAAGUUCUAGAGCAAAUGUACAAGACCAAGUAGCUAAUAAUUGGUCUUCUUCAUUUGGUAAUCAUGAUUCGAGAUAUAAAGAUCGAACAUUUGAACUUUCUGUUCCGCCUUUGAAUAUGCAGCAUUCUGGCUCUACUCAUACUCCCAUGGAUGUAGAUUUGAACGUCGAAUAUGGGGGUAAUAGUAGCAAUGAUGGCUCCAGUAGUGUUGAUAUGGAGGCUAGUGCUUCUGGGAUUCCAAAUGAACGGGGGACUGGCAGUUUUUUCAGUUAUGAAGUUCAAUCAUCACCGAUGGUCAAUCGAGAACCGAUAAACCUCGAGAGCUCACAAAGAUAUUUUGAACAAAGGUCGACCAAUUCAAGUCAAAGGUCAAACCAACAACCACCUUUAAUGCAAGUUCCGGGCAUGCCUAGAAACCUACUUCCAUUUCCUUGGAGUGGGAACAUCAAUUCAAGAAAUGGAAGCUCAUCAAGUUCUGGAUUUUCACGAGGGAAUAGGAAUUUGGUGCAAGAUCCAACUAAUUGGAGUUUAUCCACCGGGAGGCCAAGCAUAAAUGUAGCUAAUGCUUCAUCUAGUUCCAGGAACGACACUCUUCGAAUACCUAAUCUAAACGCUACAUCACAUGAUCAGCCAAGAUUGAACGAUCUUCCUUCUUGGACUCUUUUCCCAUCUUCUGAGUCCGACUCUGGAGGUCAUAGAGCUCCUUUUUGCCCUUUCCCCCUGAGCCCUUCCUCUUCCACCUCAGAGGAAAACGUGGAGCCAUCAGCCAGUAAUAGUCAAGGACGUCGUCAUCAACCCCUUUUAAGAUCAUUGGAGGUACCCGAUGAUGAAUGGCGGGUUUUUGCUGGUGAGGGAAGACAUAUGCUGGUAUCUGAGAUGCGUCAGAUUCUGAAUGCAUUGAGAAGAAAUGAAAACUUACGUGCCGAGGAUUACAUGCUUUUUGAUCCAUUUAUAAACGGGGUUGCUGACCUGCAUGACCGACACCGAGAUAUGAGGCUAGACGUUGAUAACAUGUCUUAUGAGGAACUGUUAGCACUGGAAGAACGUAUAGGAGAUGUCAAAACUGGAUUGACUGAGGAAGUCAUCGCGAAGUCAAUGAAACAAAGAAAGCACAUGUUUUUCAUGGCUAUAUCCACACAAAGUUUGGAGCCAUGCUGCAUAUGCCGGGAAGAGUAUGAAAAUGGAGAUGAUAUCGGGACUUUGGAUUGUGGACAUGACUUCCAUACAUGUUGCAUUAAGCAAUGGCUAACAUUGAAGAAUCUUUGUCCCAUUUGCAAGAAGACCGCACUUUCAACUUGAAACCUUGGGGUUCAUAUGUGAAUUUUUGGUGUUUGGCACACAUCAUGUUCUAUGUUUGUUUUUUUUUCAAGUUAAAAAGAGUAAUAAUGAUAUGUUAUAAAAAGAUUUGGUGGUCGAAUGAUUAAUGACUAUAUUUAUGCUUAAUACCCAUUGGAUAAUUAAAAAGACUUGUUAGUUAUC